AGUAGCCGGCGGCCAACUUCCGCUUCCGGCCACCGAGACACGAGGAUCCGGAGUUCGGGACCCGCCGGGAAAAUGCGGCCUUUAACCGAAGAGGAGACCCGUGUGAUGUUUGAGAAAAUCGCAAAAUACAUCGGGGAGAACCUUCAGCUGCUGGUUGAGCGGCCCGACGGCACCUACUGUUUCAGGCUGCACAGCGACCGGGUGUACUACGUGAGUGAGAAGACGCUGAAGCUGGCCGCCAGCAUCUCCGGGGACAAGCUGGUGUCCCUGGGGACCUGCUUCGGGAAAUUCACCAAGACGCACAAGUUCCGGCUGCACGUGACGGCCCUGGAUUACUUGGCGCCCUAUGCCAAGUACAAAGUGUGGAUAAAGCCUGGAGCAGAGCAGUCCUUCCUGUAUGGAAACCACGUAUUGAAAUCCGGUCUGGGCCAGAUCACUGAGAACACUUCUCAGUACCAGGGAGUGGUAGUGUACUCCAUGGCCGACGUCCCUCUGGGUUUUGGGGUAGCAGCAAAGUCUACACAAGACUGCAGGAAAGUAGACCCUAUGGCGAUUGUGGUAUUUCAUCAAGCAGACAUUGGGGAAUACAUACGGCAUGAAGAGACAUUGACUUAAAAUGAAGUCAUCGCAAGGACUUAGCAGUGUGGAAGGACCUCCCUUGGCUUCCUGCCUCCAUCGUGUGGAAUUUUGUCACCACUGUGACCUCUAAAAGGACUUCUUAGUUUAAUACUCUUAUACUAACAAGUGCAGCUGCAUUCUUACUGUGCAGAAAUGCCUCAGAAGUGAGGUUUCAGAUCUUUGUGUUUGUGACUAAGUAGAAUACUCUUAUUCUAGAUUUGAAUCAUUUUUAUAUUUGAAUGAGAGGGCUUCUUGUUCUGAAUGAUACAUUCUGAAUCAUUGGAACCAAGGACUAGAGUAGCUUAUCAUUGUUAUCUGUGAUAACAUUUUGUUUUCCAGACUCACGAUGAAAACACAGUGGACUUUUUUUAUGAAUAUCAUGAAAGAUAUUAGACUAUAAGAAUAGUUACCCAGGCCAGGCGUGGCGGUGCACGCCAGUAAUCUCAGCACUCGGAAGGCUGAGUUCAAGACCAGCCGAGGCUACAUAGCAAG